AUGUUCCGCUUACGGAGAUACCGCUACUAUGUCUUCUUUGCCGCCAUCAUCGUAUUUCUCCUGUAUCGUGCCAGCACGAAUAGCGAGGAAUGGAAAUCCGUCUCCGCCUCUAUCCCACUGCGCAAAGCCCCGCCCAAGUCACCUCCGCCGCGAGGCAGCGAGAAGCCACCUGCUGCUGGUAAUGACGGCACUAGGUUCACGCACCAGGACGACGAUCUGUCCCAGAAAUUUUUGAAAGGUGCACCCAAGGAAGCUGACGUCAAGAUUCCUAACUUGAAGCCCACCGUUGCCGAAGAGGGCGUCGACAAGCACGGCCGCCUGCCUACGGUUACGAAGGGUUCGAACGAGGGGUCCAAGGUCGUUGUCUAUGACAAGGAAGGUGCCGCAAAGACGACUACUGCCCCGUUGAUCGACAUACCGGAUAAGAAUGUCGGCCAGGGCGCCAAGGGCGCUGGAAAAGGCGAGAACCCGGAUCCCAAGAAGGUCAAACCGAACGCCGCAACCACGGCGAUCCAUUGGACCAAGGUGCCCGAACAUUUCCCCAUCCCCAAAGGCGAAAUAAUCCCCCUGCCGACGGGGAAGCCCGAGGCGAUACCGCCGGUCCAGCACGUGUUUGAGAAAGAGUCGGCGUCGGCUCGGGAGGAACGCCGGGUCCGUCUCGCUAAAGUGAAGGCCGAGAUGGUGCGUGGCUGGGGCGGCUAUAUAACCUAUGCCAAAGGACACGACGAGCUGAGCCCUAUCUCCAAGAAGUUCCGCGAUCCAUUCUGCGGCUGGGCUGCCACCCUGGUUGACGCGCUGGACACGUUGUGGAUUAUGGGCAUGAAAGACGAAUUCGAAGAGGCAGUUCUUGAAGUGGAGAAGAUCGACUUUACCACAUCCAGCUAUCGUAGCGAAAUUCCCGUCUUCGAAACCACGAUCCGCUAUCUCGGCGGUCUAGUGGCUGCGUACGAUGUUAGCGGCGGCAAGGCCGGGGGGUAUAACAUCCUACUGGAAAAGGCUGUCGAACUUGCUGAAAUCCUAAUGGGCGUUUUUGAUACGCCGAACCGGAUGCCUGUUUUGUAUUACAACUGGAAGCCUGCCUUUGCGUCGCGGCCCAAGAGAGCUCAAGGUAGCGUGAGUGUUGCGGAACUGGGCUCUCUAGCCAUGGAGUUCACCCGGCUUGCCCAACUCACCAAGCAAGAUAAAUACUACGACGCCGUAGCACGUAUCACGGACGCCUUCUACGAAUGGCAAGAGCGGGGGACCACGAUUCCCGGCAUCUUUCCCGAACAUGUCGACGCGAGCGGGUGCAAUAGGACCGCCGAAGCCGAGAUAGCCGCCAAGGAAGCGGAAUACAAUAAGGUUGAUGAGGCCGUGUCGGGCUCCUCGAAGAGAGAUGAUCUAGGUGGGGAGGCGGUUAGCGGCCCAGGAGAGUCCCCCGGGGGCGGAUUCUCAGACAACGCGGUUUCUCGACGGAGCGUGAACAAAGUCAGCCGUUUUACCAACCUCGCCAGUGGUGACAAAGACAAGUGCGUUCCGCAAGGACUCGCGCCGGGUGGGUGGUCCACGGCGGAGCAAUAUAGCAUGGGCGGAAGUCAGGACAGCACGUACGAGUAUUUCCCAAAGCAAUGGCUCCUCCUCGGCGGUCUCGAGCCUAAAUAUAAAACUUUACACACCAGGGUUGCUGCCGCUGUCAAGAAGUGGUUGCUGUACCGGCCCAUGGUUCCCGACGACCGCGAUAUUUUGUUCUCCGCUAAGAUCAACACGAAUGGAAACCCAGAAGUGGACGCCUCGACCGAAUGGGAGGUUACCCAUCUUACUUGCUUCAUCGGCGGUAUGUUCGGCAUGGGUGGCAAGAUCUUCAACAUCCCAGAGGAUGUGGAGAUCGGGAAAAGGCUCGCCGACGGCUGCGUAUGGGCUUACGAAAGCACACCGAGCGGCAUAAUGCCCGAGGGCGCGACGGUCGUCCCUUGCGCCGAGGCAAACAACUGCCACUGGAACGAGACUCUGUACUGGCAAUAUCUAGACCCGCUGUACGCCACUCGCAACCAGCAGAUAGACGAAUACCAGACGAAGCUGAAGGAACUGAAGGCUGAGAAGGCGCAAAAGAAGGAGCACACGAGCGAUGGGGUCCAAAAGAGAGCGCCUCCACCUGUGAAGAUGACCACUCCGAAUAAAGAUACGUUGACUCAGGUAGCUCGGCUGGAAGAUGCACUGGACAUCAAUGCAGGCAGCCGCGCUGCUGCGGCGGCGGCCGAGGGCAAAGCCGAUCAGGCGCCCCUUAGCGAGGCGAACGACGAGGCCGAAUUUCCGGAACUGCAACGCCCUAUCUCCCACGAGGAGUACGUCAAGAAGAAGAUUGAUAUGGAUCGGCUCCCGCCUGGCUUCGUCAGUGCCAGCUCCAAACAUUACAUCCUCCGACCGGAGGCGAUCGAGUCCGUCUGGUAUAUGUAUCGUAUCACAGGCGACACCACUUGGCAGGACAAGGGUUGGAAGAUGUUCAACGCCAUCGUUACCCACACUCAGACAACGGUUGGCAACAGUGCCAUCAACGACGUGCUGUCGCCAACGCCGGAUAAGAGCGAUGAGAUGGAGAGCUUUUGGCUUGCUGAAACACUCAAAUAUUUCUACCUGCUUUACUCGGAUCCGAAUGUCCUCAGCUUAGAUGAGUGGGUAUUCAACACGGAGGCGCACCCAUUCAAGAGACCCGUCUGAGUGCCCGGCGUGCCUUUGACGGACAGCAAUAGAUGCGGGGGCCGAUCCUGACGGCUUUGUAUAGCGAAGGCGAAUAAAGCCAAUAUGUGGCCAUCAAGGCUCGCGGGGGAGUUUGUAGUUCAUCCAGUUUCUUCACGCGAUGGAUGGGGCAGCCAUCGUCGAAGAUGCGGAAUUCGUGGGCUAAGCUGGCUACUUGUAAGAACGCCGACGCAAUCGACAGGGGAGAGGCGUCGUCAUCACUUCUCCACUACCGGAGCCCUAAAACACGACGUUUGCAUUGGGCUAUCACGCCGCAUCGGAUGAAUUGUUACGUUACGACCGACCACAGUAGAUGAAUUGCUGGGAAAAAGAAC